AUGCCAUCUGCGUGUGUGAGGUGUGGAUCCAAGAAAUGGCGUCGUAAUAUCGAUGGUCUGUAUGUCUGUGAACAAGGACAUCAACAUACUGUACAAGAGCAGGCUGAUGAUGAAGACAUGGACUUUUCUUCGCAGAAGCGGAAAAUACAUAAACUUAAAAAGAGAGUUGUGCAGGUUGAAUUAGGAUAUCGUCCAGCCAAACGAUCCAGUUCGAUUCUUGUGGAAGAGCUUCAAUUCGAGCUGCGAGUACAAGUCCUGCAUCUUGUAAAAAGUCGUAAUCUUCCUAAACAGUUGAUUGAUGUGGUCAGAGAUUUAUGGCUGAUCUGGCUUAUACAAUGCGAUCCUAGUAUCUCAGACCGCAUAAUACGAAGAACUUGGACUGCUAAAACAAACCAUGACGAUUCUUCAUGCACUGAUGAUAAUACGAGUAACAGCCGUUACACUGAAUCCAAGGCUGAAUCCAAGGCUGAAUACAAAAACAGUUUUAGACAUUGUGUUACUCUUGUUUUUUGUCGUCUGGGAUGUCGCAUUUUAAGCAUUCCUAUUCUUUUGGGUGAUCUGAUUGAAUGGGUAUGCGAUGGCUCUAUGCCGUUUUUUUCACUACCAAAGAUACUUCCUGUUGAAAUCAAACGACAUUUUCGUUUUGAAACAAAGUUUGUCAGAGCUAGACCAGGCAUAAUAGAGAUGACUCAUCUCCAGAGUGUUGUAAUAGGGGCUAUGAACCGCCAAAAUAUUCAAUUAUCUGACCCUUUUCCACCGUCCGUUGUAUUGAGACUUUUAAAGCAACUCAACCUUCCAGCUGGAGUAUAUCUGCAUUACAAGGCGAUUCGCUUUCUUAAGGAAAAAUUAGACACGGCCGUCACACUUCGAGAAAUACGCGCAGUUGCAUCUUUUUUUCUGGCAAUCAAAGCAUGUUUGCAUUCCAGCACAUUCAAUCCAUCACCACUUCCUGAAAACCUAUAUAACGAACUGCAUAGUUAUCAUCCACCUAUACAACCUGAGCUUGAGGCAUCAUUUCUUAAAAGCAGUUGGAACAGUUGGGUUGAAUCAACUAAACUAUGGCUUCCAGUAAAAUCUCAUGCAAAAGAGUCUCUUGAUAUAUUUAAUGAUUAUAUGCACAAUGGAGAGGACCUCUUUGGUGACCCAAUGGCUCAAGCCAAUGAAUACAAAGGCGAUUUUGUAUAUCCUCUCUACGAACCCAGAGAACCGAUUCCCCCGCACGUGUCUUUGCGGUCAGUUGGAAAUAUGCGCUACUAUCAGCAUUUUGAACUGGAUACUAUGGGUUCUUGGCCGCUUGCACUUGAAGUGUACCUCGAUAUCUUGUCAAGAUUGUUUUACAUACGUAGAAUUGACUUGGAAUAUCAAGUUGAUAUUCUUGAAAAAGAUUUUCUUUCCAUCUGUGGUUCAGCCUCGAAUCCAAAUCAACCCUUAUCCACUUAG